UGGUGUUUCUGAAAAUUUCUGGUCUUUCUCCUUGCAUAACACCAAACUUUGAAGAAAGAAAAAUAGUGGGUCGGUUUAGAUUUGAGCAACAACUUUUGCUACUUGUUUGAAUUUUGUUGCAAGGCAUGGCUUGUUCAUCAUGGAUUAACACUUCGUUGGAUCUCAACAUAAAUCCCCGCAGAGUUCAUGAAGAGGUUCCCGUAAGUAUAGAAAAGGAGGUAGAAAGCAAGCUUUUCUCAUUGGGAAUGCCCAAGUUUAACGUGGAAGAAGAGUCAACUAGUGACUUGGAGGAGGAACUGAAAAGGGUGACUGCAGAAAACAAGAAAUUGUCUGAAAUGCUCUCAGUGGUGUGUGAAAACUACAACACUUUGAGAAACCAUUUGAUGGAAUAUAUGAGGAAAAAUAACGAAAAGGAGGUUAGUCCAACAUCAAAGAAAAGAAAGUCUGAAAGCAGCAACAACAAUAGCACUUGUCUGAUGGGAACAAACAAUGGAAAUUCAGAGAGCAGCUCCACUGAUGAAGAAUCUUGUAAGAAACCAAGGGAAGAAACCAUCAAAGCAAAAAUUUCGAGAGUUUAUGUCAGAACCGAAGCAUCUGAUACUAGCCUUAUUGUGAAAGAUGGAUAUCAAUGGAGGAAAUAUGGACAAAAGGUGACCAGAGAUAACCCUUGUCCUAGAGCAUAUUUCAAAUGCUCUUUUGCUCCAAGCUGUCCUGUCAAAAAGAAGGUGCAAAGAAGUGUGGAUGAUCAAUCUGUACUUGUUGCUACUUAUGAAGGGGAGCACAACCAUCCUCAGGCUUCACAAAUGGAGGCAACAUCAGGUUCUGGCCGUAGUGUGGCCCUUGGUUCAGUGCCUUGUUCAGCAUCUCUCACCUCUUCAACUCCAACACCUGUUACCCUUGACUUGACAAAAUCUAAGGGCAGUAAUGAUUCGAAGAGCACAAAACCUAAAGCAGAUUCACCUAAAGUACCACAGGUUUUGGUGGAACAGAUGGCUACUUCUUUGACCACAGACCCUAAUUUCAGAGCCGCACUUGUUGCUGCCAUCUCAGGAAGACUGUUGCAUAAAAAUUAAAUGGAAAUUUGGUGAAGUGUAGGUGGCUAGUUUAGUGUCAAUUGUUAAGUAUUUCCAUAAAAUAGAGAUCAUUCUUUAGAGCAAGGAUCUCUAUGUAAAUACAGCAUGGAAGGCUCACAGAUUUGAUCCUUUUAAUUGGAUUUAAAGUUCCACUAAGGAUAGCAUGUUGAGCUAAUUAAACAACAGAAAAUCUGCCUCAUCAUGGUAAAGAUCUAGCAAGCCUUUUUUGGUCAAAAUAUUCUGUAUACCUCAAAUUACAUUUCCGAGUAGGUUAUAGCACAAAUUAUCAGAAAAAGAUCAAAACUAUUUCAUACAGUGCAUCUCUACGGCAAUUUAGUUUCUAACUUUUUUCUUCUUCCAUUACUGUCUCUGGCAAGCCAACCCUAUAUCUCAAGUUUGAUGUACAGAAUCCAGGUUCCUAGUCCUAGCUUUAGAUUUUUCAUUUUAGAAAAUAUCUUUUACUUGGAUCAAGUGUUGUAAGUGAUGGAAUGUACUCAACAUGGAAGAAUGAAAAAAGAGGAUCAGCAUGAUUGGAGUUUUCGAUUCAAUGAUUCGUAUUAGUGAUUCCUAAUAAUUGGAUUUGAAAUUGUGAAAUUGCUCUAGUUUUAUA